AUGGCGGACGCGGAGCAGCGGGAGGGCACCGUCCAGGUGCAGGGCCAGAGCCUGUUUUUCCGGGAGGCGCGGCCGGGCGCGGGGCAGGCCGCCCGCUUCUCCGUGCUGCUGCUGCACGGGAUCCGCUUCUCCUCCGAGACCUGGCAGAAGCUGGGCACGCUGCUCCGGCUGGCGCAGGCGGGCUACCGGGCGGUGGCCAUCGACCUGCCAGGCCUGGGGCACUCCAAGGACGCCACGGCCCCCGCCGCUGUUGGGGAGCUGGUCCCUAGCAGCUUCCUGGCAGCCGUGGUGGACGCCCUGGACCUGGGCGCCCCGGUGGUGAUCAGCCCGUCUCUGAGCGGCAUGUACUCGCUGCCCCUCCUCACGGCCCCCGGCUCCCCGCUCCGGGGCUACGUGCCCGUGGCCCCCAUCUGCACGGACAAGAUCAGUGCCUCGGACUACGCCGGCGUGAAGACCCCAGCUCUGAUUGUCUACGGAGACAAGGACCCCAUGGGCCCGACCAGCUUCGAGCACCUGAAGCAGCUGCCCAACCAUCGGGUGCUGGUCAUGGAGGGGGCGGGGCACCCGUGCUACCUGGACAAACCUGAGGAGUGGCAUGCCGGGCUGCUGGCCUUCCUGCAGGGCCUGGCCUGA